AUGACUUUAAUUUUAUUCUCAUCGAUUAUUUUCAUAAUUGUAUCCUUUCAACUAUAUAUCAUCGAUGCAUGUCCAUCUGUUUGUUUAUGUCAUGGUGUUCAUAUUGAUUGUAGCAAUCGAAAUUUACAGAUAAUUCCAUCUGGAAUACCAAAAAAUGUAUUUAAACUAGAUUUACAAUUUAAUAAUUUAUCAAUUAUUCGAAAAGAUGAUUUGAAAGGAUUUCGUCAACUACGUAUAUUAAAUCUUCAAGACAAUCAAAUACAUACAAUUGAUACUGAUGCAUUUAAAGAUUUAUUAUCAUUAGAAAAAUUACGUCUCAAUGGCAAUAAACUAAACCAUUUCACAGAUGGCACAUUUAUUACACUUAAACAACUUCAAAGAUUGGAUCUUAGUUCCAAUCGAUUACGAGUUAUUAAAAUGGGUAUGCUGCAAGGCUUGCAGGACCUUCAUAAUUUACAAUUGGAUCAUAAUGAAAUUUCAUGUAUCGAACCAGAAGCUAUUAAUGGACUCAAACGAUUAGAAAUAAUAACAUUGAAUUCUAAUAAUUUAACUACUUUACCUAUGUUAUCAUUUUCACAGCUUAUUGAUUUAAGAGUUUUACGAUUACAUGAAAAUCAAUUUAUUUGUGAUUGUCGUUUAUUAUGGCUUGCUAAAUAUCUUAAAAUACAUUCAUUUCUUGGUAUCAAUACUCAAUGUCAAGAAACUGAUACACGUAAUUUUAAAGACAUCAUAUCAUUAAUUAAUGAUGAAAAACGAUGUAGUACGAUAGAUACUGAUGAUAUGGAAUUAACAUGUAAUAUAUUUGUAUGUCCAUAUCCAUGUAUAUGUUUUAAUGGAGUUGUUGAUUGUAAAGAUAAAGAUCUUACAGAAAUACCAAGAAAUAUUCCUGAUACAACAAUUGAAUUACGUUUGGAAAAAAAUCGAAUUACAGAAAUACCACCAAAAGCAUUUAUUCAUUUAAAAAAACUUCGUCGUUUAGAUAUGAGUAAUAAUUUAAUUUCAACUAUCUAUUCAAAUUCAUUAACUGGUCUCAAAUCACUUAAUUCACUUAUUCUCUAUCGAAAUAAUCUCAAAAUGUUACCAUCGGAAGUAUUCAAUGAAUUGAAUGCUUUACAACUUUUAUUAUUAAAUGCAAAUAAAAUUGUUUGUAUACGUGGUGAUACAUUUGAUGGAUUAGAAAAAUUAAGUUUAUUAUCAUUAUAUGAUAAUCAAUUAAAAACUUUAGCAAAUGAAACGUUUAGUCCAUUAAAAAGUCUUCAGACAUUACAUUUAGCACGUAAUCCAUUUAUAUGUGAUUGCCAUUUACGAUGGUUAAAUGCAUAUUUACGUGAAAAACAAAUUGAAACAAGUGGUGUUCGUUGUGCAGCACCACGACGUAUGAUAAAACGUAAAUUUGGUGUUUUAAAUGAUCGAAGAUUUCGAUGUCGAAAUCGAAUGGAAUAUGAACAAACAGCAUAUGUUGCUCAAUGUGAAAUACAAUGUCCGAAAGGAUGUACAUGUCAUAAAACAACAGUUAUAUGUCGAGGAUUACAAUUACAAGCAAUCCCUAAUGAUAUCCCAGCGUUUACUACUAUACUUGAUCUUCAAGACAAUUCAAUCAAACGGAUAUCACGUAAUGGUAGUUUUCGACAUUUGAAAAGUCUUCAAACACUUGAUUUACGAAAUAAUCAUUUAGAACAAAUCGAUGAUGAUGUUUUCGAUGAAAUUGACUCACUUAAUGAAUUAUAUUUAAGUAAUAAUAGUCUUCAUACAAUAACAUCACAUACAUUUAAUGGUUUAAAGAAUCUUCAAUUAUUAGAUUUACAAAUAAAUAAUUUAACAUUUAUUAAAAAUGAUAUGUUUAUUCAUAUGAAUAAACUUCAAAUAUUAUUUCUAAAUGAUAAUUAUAUUAAAUGUAUCGAUCGAGGGUCAUUUGAUCAACUUGAAUCAUUAACGAAUUUAAAACUACAAUCGAAUCCAUUAAUAUGUAACUGUCAUAUGAAAUGGUUAAAACAAUGUAAAAGAAUUACUGAUCAACCAAAGUGUAUGUCACCAGUUAAAUUAUACAAUAUACCGAUUACAAAUGUUAUUGAUGAAGAUUUCAUAUGUAAUGCUACUGAAAUUGAUGUAUGUGAUGUAUCUCAUACGAAAUCUUGUCCACAAAAUUGUACAUGUUAUAAUAAAAUUGUACGAUGUUCACGUGCUCAAUUAACUCGUAUUCCAUACGAAGAAAUACCAAUAGAUACAGAAGAACUUUAUUUAGAUUCAAAUUAUAUAGAAGAUAUACCAUUAGAAUUACUUAAUCGUUUUAUUUAUCUUGUACGAAUUGAUUUAAGUUAUAAUAAAUUACGUGGAAUACAAGGAAAUUUAUUUUCAAAUUUAACACGACUUGAAACACUAAUAUUAUCUUAUAAUAAAAUUCAAUGUUUGGAUUUAAAUACAUUUAAAGGUUUAAAAAAUCUCAGAAUUUUAUCACUUCAUGGAAAUAAACUUUCAUCAAUAGUAGAAGGAACAUUUAAUGAUUUAACCGUUUUAUCACAUAUUGCACUUGGUAGUAAUCCAUUUUAUUGUGAUUGUAAUCUUGCUUGGUUGUCAUCAUGGAUUAAAACAGAUUAUGUCGAACCUGGUAUUGCUCGAUGUGCUGGUCCAAGUCUAAUGACAAAUAAACUUCUUCUUACAUCUCCUGUUUCAUUCUUUCAAUGUCAUAAUAAAACUGAAUCAUAUUAUCAUCAACAAAAAUGCAAUCCUUGUUUAAAAAAUUCUAAUCGAUGUUCUAAUAAUAGUACAUGUCGAUCAUUAUCCUUAGAAAAAUAUGUCUGCGACUGUUUACCAGCAUAUUAUGGAAAAUUUUGUGAAAAAAUCAAUGAUACUUGCUUGAGUAAUCCAUGUAAACAACAAGGAAUGUGUCAAUCAUUAGGUGAAGGCCGUUAUCAAUGUCAUUGUGUGUUAGGUUUUACGGGUAAUCAAUGUGAAAUAAAUAUAAAUGAUUGUAUAUCUAAUCAUUGUCAAAAUAAUGGUACAUGUAUUGAUAAAAUUAAUGAUUAUUUAUGUUUAUGUUCACCAUUAUUUACUGGAAAAUAUUGUGAAGAACGAUUAAAUUUAUGUACUCAAGAUUUAAAUCCAUGUAAAAAUAAUGGACAUUGUUCGAUAGCAGAAAAUGGAUACAAAUGUGAUUGUCCAUUGAAUUUUAAAGGAAUAAAUUGUACAGAAACUUUCAAUGAUUGUUCUAAUUCAACAUGUCAAUUUGGUGUAUGUGUUAAUAAUAUAUGUCAAUGUGAUAUUGGUUUUACUGGAAGAUCUUGUGAAAUAGCUCCUAAACUUAAAUCUUCAAUACUCGAUGUAAAUUCAAGUAAUAUUUCACGGUUACAAUGUACAUCGGAUAUAUGUUCAAAUAAUGGUAUUUGUUAUGAAGAAUCAUUGAAUUCACUUCGUUGUCGUUGUUUUUCGGGUUAUAACGGUGAUCGAUGUAAUAUAUUAAAAAGUGUUCAUUCAAAUACAAAUUAUUCUUAUAUAAAAUUACCUAAACCAAAUGUAUAUCCACGUUUAAAUCUUACAAUUAUAUUUAGUACAAAACAAACGAAUGGUAUACUUGUUUAUUUUGGAUAUUUGGGCCAUAUGAUUGCAGAAUUAUUUAUGGGUCGAAUACGUAUUAGUUAUGAUAUUGAAAAUUCUCCUGGUUCAGUUAUAUUUAGUUAUGAUGCAGUUAAUGAUGGAAUGAUACAUGAAAUACAAAUGAUUAGUACUGGAAAGAAUUUUAGUUUAACUGUUGAUCGAGGUUACACGAGAUAUAUUAAUAAUGUCGGUGUUCAUGCUUAUAUAAAUACAAGUGAUAUACAUGCAUUGUAUAUUGGUGGUUUACCAAAGGAAUUAACUGGUAGAGCUCUUCAAUUGUGGCAUAUUCGAGAAGGAGUUUCAUUUCAAGGUUGUAUUCAUGGACUUUAUAUAAAUAAUGAUCCAAUUAAUUUUGCUAAUGUUGAUUAUCGUCAUAAAUUUUUACCGGGUUGUAAAAUAAAUGAACAAAAUCAGUCAUCUUGUACUACUACAACUUGUCAUCAUGGUCAGUGUUAUCGUGAUGGUUUUACUGAUAAAUGUAAAUGUCAUACUGGUUUUACUGGACCAACAUGUAACGAAGUUGUAACAUCAUCACUUGAUUCUUGUGAUGUAAGUGUUGAAACAGGAUAUUAUAUAGAUCCAUUAACGCAAUGUACGAGUAUAAGACGUUUACGUAUGACAAAAUGUAUUGGAGAAUGUUCAUCUUUAUCAAAUAAUAAAACAUUAACAUCAUGUUGUAAACCAAUUGAAUCAAAACGUCGUUAUUUUCGAAUGAAAUGUGCCAGUGGUUUUACAUAUAAACAAUCACUUGAUUUCUUUAAACAAUGUACAUGUUUAAAUACUGUUUGUUAA